UCAGGCCAUGUUCCGUUAUUACAGGCAGUACUGAACAAUCUAUAAGAUACGUAACGUGAACCUAUAAAUUUUCAGUACUGCCAGUAAUAACGGAACAGGGGGUCAGUGUCGCAACUGGUAUAACUAGACUGUGCCUAAAAUCAGCAGCUGAAACCGUCGUAAGAAAGUACCAUAGGAUAGCUGCUCUCAGGUUUCUCUCUGCCCUCAAAUCGCCCACAGCUGUAUCCAAGCCUGUCAAAGCACAGUCACGUGAUCUCUGAAUACGAGCCAACUGAGAAAAUCUCUCUGCCUAGGAGAUCUAGGAUUAUUAGCGCAGCAGAGAACCUUUUUCGAUUGUUCAGCGUUUGCAAAUAUAGGAUUUGUUUUCAUCUAUGUAUUCGAACAAAUGCGGAAUUGAACGGACAACUCCCGCUGGAAUAGUCGAGUAAAUAAAUCUCGUUGAACCUGGUUAUCGCACGACAAUGGCCAACCAUUACGAAGUGCCGAAUUGGGCGGGGAAACCACCGGUAGGAUUGCAUUUGGAUGUGCUAAAGAAUGACAAGUUGAUUCAGAAACUUAUGGUGGAUGAAAAGAAAUGCUAUCUCUUUGGUCGCAAUCAACAGCUCAAUGACUUCUGCAUUGAUCACGCAUCGUGUUCUCGAGUUCAUGCAGCUCUUGUUUAUCACAAACACCUCAAUCGAGCAUUUUUAGUAGAUCUAGGAAGCACUCAUGGGACCUUCAUCGGAAAUCUACGUUUGGAACCUCACAAGCCAACUCAGUUACAAAUAGACAGUACAUUUCAUUUUGGUGCGUCCACUCGAUAUUACAUAAUCAGAGAGAGACCUCAGACUGGCGCCAGGCCUAUUAUCGAGGAACUGGAAAAAUUAUCUGAAGACAUGGAUGCUGGUGGUUUACUAGGUCUACCAGAAACAGAAACUGAAUUAGAUAAUCUAACAGAAUUUAAUACAGCCCAUAAUCGGCGGAUUUCCAUGCUCGGUAUAACGGACGACGAGAUGCACAAGCCCACGCGCAAACGAAAGAAAAAGGGCAUCACUUUUAACGACGACGAAGAGGUGAUCAAUCCCGAAGAUGUCGAUCCGUCAGUGGGAAGGUUUCGUAACCUUGUACAAACAACAGUCGUGCCUAGCAAAAGAAUGCGAAUGGAAGGAGGCCUCAUUUCACUGUCCGAAGAUCACAAUCCGCUGAAGCACAUGCAGCCGACGUCUACCACUCCUCAGCUGUACCAGGAUCUACCUCCCGAGCAGUUCACGCCGUCCUCGACUUCGAUGAUCAAUCCGUUUUCCACCGCUCUCACGUUGACGUCGCGGCUCGGCAUCACCCUGCCCAAUCCGGCUCCGGAAGUCGAGAUGACGCCGAAUCAGAUGCCGACGGAGGUACCUCAAGUGCAGGAGCACCUGCCGGCUACGACGGAGCCGCGCACAAUGGAACCGAAGAAGAAGAAGUACGCAAAAGAAGCGUGGCCUGGGAAGAAACCAAUUCCGACGCUCCUUGUAUAAUAAAGAAUUGCAUAUAUCGCGGUCCUUGCUGACUUUCUGAGAGACUUUAUUCGAGAAGUGUUUAUAUAUAUAUUGUAAACUUUCGUACACGAUUUUUCGUUAGAUUUUACCGCAUAUAUGCGCAGAUUCUUAUAAUUUUCCAACAAGCCUGUUUUAGGUAAUGUUAAAUAUAAGAUUAUUAUUAAAAAAAAAUUAUAUAUAUAUAUAUAUAUACUCUAGCUAAAAUAUUUUAGUAAUAAAAUAUUGCCUAUAUUACUUUGAAGUGUAUUUGGCUUAGGAUAUAAGGAUGUGUAAAAAUUUCCUACUCACAAAGAGCAAAAGUUUACAGCAAAGUGGUCCAAUAACGGAUACAUCCAGUUGACUGGAAUUGACUGAAAUUGUAUGAACAUUCAAUAAUUACAGUUUUAUGUAAGCUAUUGAUGACCGAUAAUAUUGAAUACUUCUCUGUCAAACGUGUUAUUAAUAUUUAUUAACUUUCUCUAGUACUCUUUUAUUUGCUUUCCAACUUUAUAUAUAUAUUUCAUAUAUAUAUAUAUUUCAUAUAUAUAUAUAUGAAAUAACUGUUGAUAGAAAAAGUUACUUCUCAACUCUAUCGUAUAGAUUUGUUUGUUAUAAUUUAUUAUAGUAUAAUUUAUGUAUCAUUGGGCUGCUCUUAGAAAAUUAAUAAGCGAGAGUGACAAAGUUUGAUCAUAUUAUCGUUAAAAAACAGUGUACUUUCUAUGUACAUUCGCGCUAUUGCUCUAUGUGCAAUGAAAUCGAUGUAAAUAGCUAUACGGAAAAGGACUUUCGUUGAUGUACUUUUAUAAAUGUCAGUACCAAAAAAAGAAGUCAAUAAAAAGAAAAGCAAAGAUAUUGUAUACACGUUAAAUAUAUACAAAUAU